GGGUAUCAGUUGACUGUUGUUGACGGGCAUCACAGGCCAGCGAAGCCCUAUCGCCCUAGCGUUGAAAUGAAGGGGAUCAGAAUGAAUAUUGACGGGAAGUUGGAUCGGGUUCUUCACAGCCACGCGCCCAUGCCUGCGGGCUGCACUCCUCAGCUCAAGCCUGGUCAUAGUGCUUUGGGAUAUAGACAUAUUAUGUAGCGGCAUUCAAGCGCAUUGCUGCCGGCCGCGAAGGCAUGAUGUCGCUGGUCUGGUCCCGGCGACGGCACGAGCAGCUGGCGAGGCAUUUGACAUUUUAACGCUUCAAUAUACACAGCAGCGCGUUAUGAGUGUAUGCAAGGCGGCGCGCUGUGCAAGGCGGCGCGUUGCUACUAAGCCACGCGUGUAGCGAACUGGAAGUGACAGGUUCGAGACGGGCUGGGUGUCGUCCCUCUCACCGUCAUGAUUUCUGAAAAAUCUUUUCUCUUCAAUUGAUAGUUAUAUAUAGUGGUCACUAUACUGGUGCAAAGGCGCCCUGUGACAUAGUUUCCACCAACAGUUUGCGAGCCAUUGCCAACUGCCAAGCUGGCGCGAAAGCAGGGGAAAGACCUGCUACAGCAGUUCAAAUUGGUGUACUAGUGGGCCGGCUGUUGCUUCGUUGGCGAUGCGGCAGCGUGCGACGACGGCGCGGGCGUUGCUCCGCGCCAUCGCCGUGUUUGUAUUCGCUUGGACGCCUUCAACAUGGAACAGCAUUGACAUCUGGGGUGCUCGGAGACUGGGAGCGUGGGCACAGAUGCCUUCGACUGCAUACCAGUUCAAUGCGAGUCUCCUGCCACAAUAUUCCUACGGCCAAGGUGGCGCCACCCCUUGGCAGCCUGGUCAGCUCCGGGCUGCCAUACAUGACCUCCGUGCUCCAGCGCGCCGCCUCCGUCAGUAGCAGUAGCAGUAGCAGUGCCGCCGGUCCGACGCUGGUACUGGGCGGUAGGAGCACGCCCACGCGGCUACUGCCGACUGUGCCGCUGCAGCAGUGUCUCAUGCUGCAGGGGGCGAUCGGCUGGUUCGUGGAGUCGGCGGCAGAUGGCGGCCUGGCAAACGGGUGCUACAGCGUCAUCAGCAGCACCGGGGUGCAGCUACAGCCGCGCGUGGCGGCAGCGGGGCUGCUGAGGAACGGCAAGGCUGUAGCAAUCGGGCUGGUGGAUCUCGGCAGCCGGUACUGCGCCGGCGGUACGCCGGGAAACUACGGCCAGCCGUACGGCCGGGAGCUCACCGUACUCCGUACCAUCGCCCUGACCCCGGACGCCGCCCUGGAGAGCAGCAGCGACAUCAUCACUGGCAUUUCCAGCCCCCCGCUACAGGGCUCACCAGGAGGCGGCGGCAAUGGCUCGUUCCCCCCACCACCUCCCAGCUCGCCGCCGCCUCCCCCUCCGCCGCCCAGGCCCCCGCCCCCGCCGCCCCCGCCGCCGCCGCCCCGCCCACCGCCGCCACCGGAGCAGCAGACGCGAGUGCAGGUCACCUGGGGCACGACGGCCGAGGCGCAGUUGCAGGGCCUCAGUAACUGGUACUCCGGCUGGGAUUGGGGUCUCAGUGGGGAUUCUUCCCCGGCAGCUGGCAGGCGGCGGGCUACGAUGGAGGUGCCGGCGGGGCGCCAGCGGCCCGAUCUGCAUGCGUUCGUGCCCCGAGCUGAGGCGGAUGGGUCGGCUGCAGCGGCGGUGGAAGAAGGCGACGGCGGGCAAGGCCAGGAAGCCAGCGCGCCCGCCGCUGUCUCAGACGCUGGCAACGCUACGACGCCCAACAUCAACGGCAGUAGCACCGGCGCCAGCGGCAGUACCACCGGCACCAGCGGCAGUAGCGGCAGUAGCAGCAGCACCAGCGGCAGUGGCGGCAGUAGCAGCAGCACCAGCGGCAGUAGCGGCAGUAGCAGCAGCACCAGCGGCAGUAGCGGCAGUAGCAUCAGCACCAGCGGCAGUAGCGGCAGUAGCAGCAGCACCAGCCGGCGCGCGCUCCGUCAAUCCGCCGUAGCCGCCAGCAGCGGCGCGUUCGUGACGCCGGUGCCGUGUGGCGUGCCCAAUGCGGCGUUUGUCGAUGGCCUCUGCGUGUGCACCGACGGCAACCGCUACGUGCUGAAUGACAAGCCGGCGUGCUGCACGCCCGGCGGACUGUGGAACACCACCCUAAACGCGUGCGCCUGCCCGCGAUACUGGAGCUGGGACCCAACUAACGCGCAAUGCGUCCCGCCUCCCGCUACGAGCUAUCCGAUCGCCAACCUGGCGUUGGGACAGCCGUCGGCCGCCAGCUCCGUCUACCCGGGGUUCUGCUCGGGCGGCUCGUGUGUGCCCGCGCAUGCCUUUGACGGCGACACCACGAACCCGACGAAGAUGUUCCACGCGUCUCAGACGGUUGGCGACGCGGCGCCGUGGCUGGCGGUGGACUUGGGCGGGCCCGCGCUGGUGGUGCAGGUCAACUUGUACAUGCGCCUGGACUGCUGUGCCGGGCGCACCGUCGGUGCGGAGUUGCGUGUGGGCUACUAUGGCGAUCCGUCAGGCCGCAUGCAGAAUUUUGGCGCCUACCUGCUUUCGAAUACCCUGGUGUGGAAGCAACCCGCCAGCCAGCCCGGCCAGACCGCGGGAGUGUUCGUAAUCCCGCUGCCGAACCCGCGCACCUUCGGGCGAUUCGUCUCGCUCCAGAACCGGCCCCUGCCCGGCACCAGCCCCUGGGACCAGGCGCUGCAGGUCAUCGAGAUGGAGGUGUACGGCGUGGCCCUGGGCACCGCCCCGCCACUGCUGCCACAGCUGGCAAACGCGUUCGUGGACGACGGCAGUAGCGCAUCGAACGCCACCACUGCCGGCGACGCCACGACUGCUAUUGCCGGCGUGCUGGCGGGGCGGCCCGAGGUGGGGCUGAACCUGGCCGGCGGCGUCAUUAGCUUCAGCGGCACCGUGGACAGCUAUCUGUGGAGCGACGCCGACGCCGCGGUGUACUGCCGCCAGCUGGGGUACGGCGGCGGCGGGCUGGCGUACACGGGUGCGGUGUACGGCGCCGCCACCUCGUCGUACAUGCUUACAGCGGUGGCGUGUGGCGGGGGCGAGGCGGCGAUUGGCGCCUGCACCGCGCAGCCGUUGGUGUACACGGGCGCCUGGUCUCCGCAGGACGCGGCGGGUGUGCUGUGCUACAAGGGCGUCGACCCAGAUGCCUACUGCAGACGCGCCGCCCAGCUGCUGCCCAGCUACAGCCCCUCCACGAGCAGCUUCACCAAUAGCAGUAGCAGCAGCUACAACCGGACCGCUGACUUGCAGCAGCGUGCGGCGGCGUGCGGCGAGCUGAUCGGCCUGGCGGCGGGCGUAACGGCGCUACUCACCUACCCCACCUACCCCUGGCAGCGCCUUCCCUACGACUCCGCGCGGCAGCUGCCCUGCUUCAACUCCAGCGGCCUCAACACCGCCGCCGCCGCCUGGCUGAGCCGUUGGCAGGCCGCGACGGCCGAAGCCGGCUGCGACCUGCUUCCUCACGACUGGAUCCGGCGGGCGUUGGCCGGCCUCCCCUCCGCGCCACUGCCGCCGCCGCCGGCUGGCGCCGCCACGCCGCCGCCGCCGCCGUCACCGCAGCCGCCGUUUUCGGGCGUGCCUUGGCCGCCGCUGCCGCCGGCGCCGCCCGGCGCGCAGGACCCAGACGCCACCUGCCCGGCGGCGGUGGGGGUGUGGCCGGCGGCGGCGGACCGCGCCGCCGCCGCCGCCGCCGCCGGCCCGCGCGAGCUGCGAACGCUUCCGGGGCCCGGCACCUACAUGCGCCUGGACGGCCUGUUGCUCCCCUCCAACGUCAGCGCCGACGUGCACGCGACGCCGCUGGAUUGGGCCUGCGCCACCGCCAAAGCCAAGGCUCGCAGCGACCCCCGUACCUUUGAGAACUACUUCACGCGCUACGGCAGCUCCCUGCUGGCCGACGGCAGUAGCACCAGCGGCAGCGACGGCAGUAGCAGCGGCGCGCUUGCCGGAGACGCGCUGCUGGCGCUGCCGCCGCCCAAUGCGACGGAGGAGGCGGCGGCCGCCGCCAAGGCGGCCUGGGCGGCGGCGGCGGCGCCGUUUGCCAGCCUGUGGUCUCCGCCCGACCUGCUGAACUCGAGUGCACUGGCGCAGGCGCUGCUGGUUGACCGGCCGGCGUGGCUGCCCUUCCGCACCGUCAACAUCACACACCUGGUGUCCGUGCUGGCGCAGUUCAGCCGCCCGGGCGGCAUCGACUUGCUAUCCAGCGGCGUGCUUGACGGAGCCUUCCGCAUCGUACUGCAGUCCCUUGGCGGAGGCGGCAACCCCGGCCCUGGGGACGGAGGAGGUGACGACCAGGCGGCGCCGCCGCCGGCGGCGCCGCCGGAGCCCGGCGCAGCUCUGCCGCCGCCGCCGUUCCAGUGGACGCUGGCGCUGAGCGACAGCGGCAGCAGCGGCAGUAGCAGCACCCCUAGCGACGGCGCCGCGCCGCCGCCGCCUGCCGGCAGUAGCAGCGCCAACGGCAGUAGCAGUGGCAGUAGCGACCUGCAGCGGGCGGGCAUAAACGGCGGCGGCGGCGAUGCCGGUAUCGACUGGGGCGAUGCGUUGGAUACCGUGCUGCCGCUGCAGUCUGUGUGUGUGGAGUACGACUCGUCUUGGGCUGGGGGGCGGGCCAGCACCCUCCUCGGCUUUCUGGGCAGCGACGCCGCCGCGGCUCGGGCCUGGAACGACAGCAGUGCCGGCCCCGCCUCUACCACUGCUACUGCCGCUGGCGCUGCUGCUACUGCCGCGGCGGGGGGCUGGAGCGGGCUCCCCUGGGGACGUGUGGUACGGCAGGAUGGUGCACAGCUGUACUACUGCGCAGAGCGGCGGCAGCUGCGGUCCCGCCUGGUCAUCGGCGGCCUCCGUAUCACCGACCUGCAGCUGGGUGGCGCCGCCGCUGACGUGGUGGCGGCGCUGCUGGCGCCCGCGCCGCCGCCGCCGGCCCAGCAGCAGCAGCCGUCGAAUGCCACGUCGAGUGCGCCGCCUCCGCCGCCGCCUGGCAGUAACGCGGCGGCGGCGGCGGCGGCGGUGCCGGCAGCCAACCUCGCAUAUUUGGACCUGUCGGGCAACGCGCUAACGGGUCUGCUUCCGCCGCUGCCCAUCCCCGUCAUUAACCUGAACCUGUCGUAUAACGCCCUGUCCGGCGACCUAAGAGCGCAGCUCAUCACACCGGCAGUAGCACCACCACCCGCAGCCGCCGCCGGCCCCAACGGCAGUAGCAGCGCCGCAGCCGCCAACGCCAACGCCUCCGCUCCCAUCAACAGCAGUAGCAGUAGCAGUGACACUGGCAGUGGCAGUAGCAGCAGUGGCAGUAGCAGCAGUGGCAGUAGCAGCAGGGGUUUCGCGCUACUGCCGGCCUCCACCUUUGCCUCCACGCUGGUCCUGGACCUGGGCUAUAACCAGCUGGGCGGCCGGCUGCCGGCGGCGGCGGAGGCGGCGCCCGGCACCGCCUGGCGCACACUUCUGGACACAGCGGCGCGCCUGGACCUCAGCGGCAACCGCUUCACCGGCCCGCUGCCGCCCGACUGGGCUCCCCUCCUGGCCCAGAUGGAUCUGGUGGUCAGCCGCAACCCGGGGCUCACCGGCGGCGUGCCGGCCGAGUGGUUGGCGGCGGUCCGGUCGGCUGGGCGGUACGGCUACCUGAUAGACGUGACGGGGUGCGCGGGUCUGACAGGCGAAUUCAACAGCACGGCCGAGUUCGACCUGAUGCGGGUAUCGGGUACGCAGCUGCAGCUGGACUGGGGCGCGCUGCCGCCGAGGGAGCGCGACUGGGCCUACGUCAUAAACCGCGUGGCGCGCGGGCACAUGGAGUUCGCGCAGGUGCGCUACAGCCGCCCCCGCUCCUACACCGACAUCCUCACCGGCCGCUACAGCCUGGCACCCAGCGACAUCGAGGCGAUAUGUACGGAGAUGUACAACACGCAGGAGGCCCUGCUCAACGUGGCGGCCGUGAGGCCCGGCCUCCUCGGCAGUAGCAACCAGCUACUGCCCGGCUCGGCGGGAGCAGCAGCAGGCGGCGGCAGUAGCAGCAGCAACGGCAGUAGCAGCGGCGGCAGUAGCAGUGGCGAGGGCGGCGGGGGGGUUCUGGGUGACACUGACGAUCCCUGGCCUAUCCUGCGCGACCUGCGGGGGGUGCAUGACAGCUACAAGGCCUGGCAGCCCGACCCUACCGUGUGGUGCUACGGAGGCGAGGCGGAGCGGGUGUCCAUUGUGCUGUCCAUCUGGAUCACCGCCGGCGUCAUUUCGGCGGCGGCGCUGCUGCUGGCCCUGGCCAUAGACCUCGCCCACCGCUGCUCCGGCUGCUGCGCCGCCCGGCAGGAACGCCGGCAGCGUCGCCGCUGGCUGCAGCAGGAGCAGCAGCAGCAGCAGCAGAAAGGCAUGGAGGAGGCGCUGCUGCCAGGCAGCCCCAGCCACCCCCCACCCCGGCAGGUAUCGGGUACGCAGCUGCAGCUGGACUGGGGCGCGCUGCCGCCGAGGGAGCGCGACUGGGCCUACGUCAUAAACCGCGUGGCGCGCGGGCACAUGGAGUUCGCGCAGAUCUACUUGGCUGCCUACAAGGGCUGGUCCGCCAAGCCCGCCCCCGGCGUGUUCAUGGCGCUCAUCAUCGCGGGCAAUCUAGUGGCGCACUGGGUCACCCGUGUGGUACACAGCCGCCGCCACCACCGCCGCCACCCGUACGGUGACGAAGAAGAUUACGACGCCUACGCCUUCAACACCCCCAUCACCGAUGGCGUUAAUAACAACAACGCUAACAAUUUCAACAACAAGAACAAGAACAGCACCAGCAGCAAUGUCUUCCAGCCGCCAGGGGUGGACGUAAUUGCGAACAUGGGCGUUGCCAAGGACGGAAAAGGCGGCGGGAAAGACGGCGGCGGCGACGGCGGCGGCGGAAAUGGAUCUGGAUCUGGAUCCAGGCCAGGGCGUGACGAGCCGCUACCGCCGUGUGAGCUGGCGCUGUUUGUGAUCAUUGGUCUGGUCACGUCUCCCCUGGGCGUGGUGAUUGAGACGCUGUGGGCGGGCUACGUGCUGGUGCUGACGUGGCUGACGCUGCUGCCGGAGCUGGCCUACUGCGGCUUCUGCUGCUGCUGCUUCCAGGAGUGGGGCCCGGCGGAGCAGCGGCGGCGGCGGCGGCGCGCGAUGGACCGUCACAUCGCCUGGCUGCGGCAGUCCACGUCAUGCCUGCCGCCGCUGCUGCGGUUUGAUCUGCACGUGCAGGCCUUUGAGCGUGCGGUGCUGUGGCGAGUGAUCAAGCACACCAACAUGUGGGAGGUCAUCACAUUGGACUACAAGGGCUCCAACAACUUUGACCGCGACGUGGGGGGGCCGGAGGUGAUGGAGGUGGCGCCGCCGCCAAGUCAGCAUCAGCAGUACGGCAGCGCGGCGCGGCGGCGGACGAAUUCGUACAUAGUGGAGUUGCCGGCCGAGGCUUAGCUGCUGGGUGGAGAGUAUGUUUUGUGUGGCGGUAUGUGUGUGUGUGUGCCGGUAUGUGUGCGUGUGCGUGUGUGCUCGGAAGAUGGCUUGGCAUUGCUUCAGGCACUGACAGGUACUCGACUGUCGAUGACUGCUCGGAGGCAGCGCCGUCCAUCAGGCAGCGCCCGAUCUGAUGUGAUUGAUGCUCGCGAUCAGUUUAGGUUGGAGGCCGACGUGCGGCCCAAUCUGCUGCGUGAAGAAAUAAUGAAUGGGAGUGGUCAAACGGACACGGUUUCCAGGCAUGUGGUUGCCAAGUGGCUACACGUUGCGUUGCAUGGCAUUGAAAGACGGCGGCUAUUUCAUGAUUGGCAAGAGCUUGUGUACGGUAGGGUGCCUGCCGGGGGUGGUGGCACGUAUGGCUUGGGGGGAAGGGGUAGCCUUUCAUGGGAAACGACGUUAUUUAAUUAAAAACAUGUCUUCGCGGGAUAGCCUUUCAUGUAUGGAGAACGACGUGAGUAAUCACAAAUGCAUGAAGUGUUGGCGUCCAGGGGAGUGGGCGAACAUUGUGAGCAUGGCAGGGCCUGCGUGCAGCAGCAGCCGAGCUGGCGGCUGGAUUGCACGCGCGUGACAGAUGGGUGUGCAUGCCGCAGAGACAGCGCCGUCCUGUGUGUUUUGUUCCUGCAUUUCCGUGCAGAACAGAAUCGUGCACCUACGCUGUGGUUCUGUCAUCAACUCGGCCUCGUAUACCUAUCUGGCGCGGGUGCAUUGCGAGAAUGAAGAGGGAGUAGCAUAGCUAGCUGGGAAGCUGCAUGGAGACUGCAGGGGGGCGAAGCGUACUGCUGGUGAUGGGCAGUAGGUGAUGGGCAUCGUGUCAGUCAUGUGAUUCUUACCUAGGUUAGUGUGGGCGCGUUUACAGGUUUGCAUGUGGUAAAUCUUGCUUGCCGGCGGUGAGCCGCCACGCGCUUGUUCGUGAUGAUUCGCACUGUGCAUGCAUGAGUGCAUGCAGGCAUUCGCUCUUCAUGUCCUUCUUUGUAUCUAUGCAUGAGUCGUGCAUUGGCUCUUCAUGUCCUU